AUGCCACCAAAGAGGCGGCAGGGUGCGCGUGGCGGCGCUCUGGGUGCAAAGCGCAGUGCGGGAUUUGAGGAGUUUUACGCCGGUGUUUACGGCACACGGUGGCCUGCGCUUCGGAAGGCGUUGACUGCGGCGUCACCGAAGAAAGUGUUGCUGUGGAACCGAUUUUGUCAGUUGCCCUUCGCGAAGGUGAUGGCGAACAUGAAGCGCAUGGACGAGGAGUCGCUUCUGCAGGUUUUUCGGUGCCAAGAUGGGUGUGAGGUGGCGCCGCCUGCCAGUGACGCGUUUAACGUCAAGGCGUACUACCCGUUGGAUUACGCCUCCGCACUGGUGGUGGAGCAGUUGGAGGUUGGCGCGUUUGAUCGAGUGCUUGAUGUCUGCGCUGCUUUUGGUGGGAAUUCGAUUGGAAUUGCGCAGUUUCUUUCCGCAGACGGGGCGCUGACGGUAAAUGAGCCAAAUCAUGAGCGUAGCGCCCGGCUACGACGCAAUAUUAGGGAGUACAUUCCGUCAAAUUAUGUUCCUGUGACCAUCACCCAACGCAAUGCUGAGACAUGGUAUGCGCCUUCGAUGUACCACCGCGUACUCGUUGAUGCUCCGUGUUCAGCUGAGCGUUAUUUUUUGCAGCGCGACGGUGGCGCUCCCGUCAGUCCCAAAAUGUGGACGGAACAGACAUCUCUGGAGUUGAGCCGCAGAGGGUGUGUGUUGCUGCUGCGAGCGCUGGAGACUUGUCGGCCAGGCGGUCGUGUUGUGUACAGCACUCGCUCCCUUUCCCCCUUGGAGAACGACGGUGUUGUGGAGGACGCACUGCGGCGAACCCGUUGCCAGGUGGAGGUGCAUCCAACAACGUUGUGUAACAUGGGUGAGAAGACACGUUACGGCCAUAUCGUUCUCCCAGACACAGCUGGGGGGUUUGGCCCACUGUUUUGUUGCGUCAUUCACAAAGUGUCUGAUAGGCGAGAGGAGGUUGACAGCAAUGAAGAGGGGGAGGAAUGUGAAUAUGAUGAUGAAAAUGGGGAUUCAUAA